ACGCUUAACGAACUACAACCUCGUCUUCUCCGUCCACUCCACUCUUUCUAAAUCUCUCUCAGAUCUCUCCCUCGAAGAAGCAACAAUGGCGCUUUCCUCUUCCUCGUUCCUAUCGACACCUCCUCUCUCCAACUCCAAAUCCACCAUCUCAUUCGCCUCCUCCGUCUCCCCAUCUCCCAUCCCCUCCCUCCGCCGCGUCGCUCUCCGCUCUCACCGCCGUUCAAUGACGGUCCGAUCCAAAAUCAGAGAAAUCUUCAUGCCGGCGCUCUCCUCCACCAUGACGGAAGGGAAGAUCGUGUCGUGGCUCAAGACGGAAGGCGAGAAGCUCGCGAAGGGGCAGAGCGUGGUCGUCGUGGAGUCCGAUAAGGCUGAUAUGGACGUGGAGACGUUCUACGACGGUUACCUCGCCGCGAUCGUCGUCGGAGAAGGAGAGACGGCUCCGGUGGGGGCUGCGAUCGGUUUGCUGGCGGAGACCGAGGCUGAGAUCGAAGAAGCUAAGAGCAAAGCCGCCUCGAAACCUUCCUCCGCCCCUCCCGUCGUCGUCGUUCCGUCUCCUCCUCCGGUUACUUCGUCUCCGGCGCCGGCGAUCGCUCAGCCUGCUCCGGUGGCUUCGGCUGUAUCAGAUGGUCCGAGGAAGACCGUUGCGACGCCCUAUGCUAAGAAGCUCGCGAAGCAGCAUAAAGUAGACAUCGGAUCCGUUGCGGGGAGUGGACCGUUCGGUAGGAUCACAGCUGCUGACGUGGAGGCCGCGGCUGGAAUUGCUCCCUCUGUGUCACCAUCACCGCCUCCUCCCCCUCCUCCUGCUGCUGCUUGUGCACCAAAAGCUACCGCAACAAGCUCGCCUCCUUUGCUGCCUGAUGCAAGCGUUGUUCCCUUCACAGCGAUGCAAUCUGCGGUUUCCAAAAACAUGAUCGAGAGCCUCUCUGUUCCAACGUUCCGCGUUGGUUACCCUGUCAACACUGAUGCUCUCGAUGCGCUCUACGAGAAGGUGAAGCCGAAGGGUGUAACAAUGACUGCGUUGUUGGCCAAAGCUGCAGGGAUGGCUCUUGCGCAGCAUCCUGUGGUGAACGCAAGCUGCAAAGAUGGCAAGAGCUUUACUUACAAUAGUAACAUUAACAUUGCGGUUGCUGUUGCUAUCAAUGGCGGGUUGAUUACUCCUGUUCUGCAAGAUGCUGAUAAGCUGGAUUUAUACUUGUUGUCUCAAAAAUGGAAAGAGCUGGUGGGGAAAGCUAGAAGCAAGCAAUUGCAACCUCAUGAAUACAACUCUGGAACUUUCACUUUAUCGAAUCUCGGUAUGUUUGGAGUGGAUAGAUUUGAUGCUAUUCUUCCUCCAGGACAGGGUGCUAUAAUGGCUGUUGGAGCGUCAAAACCAACUGUAGUUGCUGACAAAGAUGGUUUCUUCAGUGUGAAAAACAAAAUGCUGGUGAAUGUUACAGCAGAUCAUCGCAUUGUGUAUGGAGCUGACUUGGCUGCUUUCCUUCAGACCUUUGCAAAGAUUGUUGAGAAUCCAGAUAGCUUGACCUUGUAGACAUCACCAGUGUCGUAAACCAACAAACGAACACGAGGGGAACAGUUCAAAACUUCCUGAUCCACUAUUUCCUCGAGUAAAAGAAAUGUUUAGUCUUUAAUUGUUACACUGGUCUUGUUCUUUCUUAUUGCAGAUUUGUUCACUUGUUUUGUUGCCUGCAUUUUUGGACUUUUGUUUGUCUUGUUUCCCGGAAAUUCUGAUUCUGGCUUUUACACAAAUAAUUUUUGUUUGAAA